AUGCCUUUUCAAGGCACUGAUCCUUGUCUUCCACUCGCGUCCACACUCACUUCAACACUCACCGGGUUUCGGCCUUCCGAACAACAACAACAACUCGAUGCGUCAGUGCCCUCGGCGAGUUUGAACACCAAUGCCGGUUUGCCACAACUCUGGGCAUCUUCGAACAACCCCGUAUGCACAUUCUCACCUAUUCCAAUCUGUCCCACUUCGCUUUCCCACUCAACCACAUUCCCUAUCAAUGUCAAUGCCGGUUCCGCAUCUCUCACUCCAGUUGUUCCUGCUGUCACCACCUCGACCACCAUCACCAAUGCCAUCAAUUCAUCUCAGGCCUCGUCCACCUCGACUGGGUUGCCACAACCCCCGGCACUGCAACCGUGCCCUGCCCUGACCAAACGAUUCCAGCGUCUCUGCCCCCUUCCAGCCAGUCGUUCACCCGUUUCCUCCGUGUCCGCUUCUGUUACCCUAUCUCCGACAAAACGUGCACCCGGAUUAACUAUGCGUGCCCCGGCUCUGUCUGCCACCUAUGGGAAUGAGAAGCGUACCGGAUCCACUUCGGUGAGCGAAAUUGGGCAAGAGGAUUACAAACGUGAUUUGAAGGAUCUACAUUGCAACUGGUUCGACCAGAAUAAUUUGUUCUCUCCCGGAGUCAAUAACAUUUAG